CGGCGUAUCGUCGGUAUCGCUAAUCGACCCACCCACCCGCUAUCAUCGGUCGGUCGGGCCGCAGUACCGUCGGCGUCGAUAACGCGGCGCUGAUCACGAUUACUGUGCUUGGUCGGUGUUGCGUUGCGGCGGCUGCUUUGGUUCACAGGAUCGCGACGGUGGCCAUCGACGUGUACUACUGGUUCUUCUCCGCGCACCUUCUGCUGUGCGGCUUCUGCGGGCUGUGCUGCGUCGUCCGGUGCCUCGCCCACUCACGACGGUACGCUUCCGACGGCCACCAGCGGCUGCGGGACUUGCGCGGCUACCGUCACCGCCGCCGCGAUCGUUCGGGUUCACCGGACCCGCUGCGACGAGUCGCGGUCGUCUGAGACGCGGCGAACGGCGACAACGACAACAACGGCGGUAAAGUUGGACCGCCGACGGACGGACGCGGAAAUUUCCGCAAAAGGUUUCGACUCCUGUUUUAACGCUGUGGUCACAUUGUUUGCUGUAAUUGGUUACGUCAUACUACAGGUAGCCUGUAGAAAAUAUGAAUAAUUACGGGCGACGAGUGUACAGUCGUGUUAUACACGCAUUCGCACAAUAACGGACCUAAACACACCAACUCAAUGGUCAACCACAGAGGACCAAGACGAUAAUUCGUCACGUCGUCAACGUCGUCGAAAAUCACUGAAGCCGAGACAAAACAGAAGGGCAACAAUGUCAACUUCAUCUUCAAAAAUGUUUUCACAACCGUUAUUACCGACACGGCCCCAGCAACAGUCGCAACAACAAGUCCAACCGCCGUCGUAUCCUCCGUCGGGGAUUAUUGCGACCAACGAGUACGCUCACACCGAAGUCGACAGGAACAAGAAACUUUUGGAAUGGGAACUGUCGAAGUUGGGAGCCGAGGACUUGCGGUCACAUGCUUGGUACCACGGUGAUCGUGUGGAUCGCAACGAAGCCGAACGAUUGUUACGGCAAUGCGUUGCCGAAGAACACGGUAUCACGGCGGCCGCGACUGCUACUUCCGCGGCUGCCAACGACGCGGUGGUACCACUGACGGGAGGACAAGACGACAGCGACGAAGUGGGCUCGGACGGCCUCGAGGACGUGAGCAGCGCGAGUAGCGAAGGCGAUUUCCCACUGGACGACUUUCUGGACGGAUUGGUUGACGAAAGCGGUAACGUGCCCGAUCCGUUCACGGCGACCACGACCGUAAAGGCCGCAGCACUACUCCUGCAGCAGCGUCGCCGCGCGGACGUGUUGCCGACAAAAAGGCCUGUGCACCCGAAACGCAAUCGCAAGCAUUUUUAUUGCUUCUUAGUCCGCGACAGCACUAACGUCCAACCGCCAGGUCGGUACGUUGUUUCAUGUCUGCGAGUCGACAAGUACGAUAACGAAAAUUACGACAAGAACAAACCGCAAAACCAUGCGAGUAACAUCGGCGAUGAACGAAAACGAAAUAAAUUUCUUCGGCGACAACUUCAACGACGCCAACGCAGGCAACAACGGAGACCUAUACUACAUUUUGUAAUCAAUGAGAUUGUUUUACAACCUGGGACGGUAUACGAGCGAUCGCAGUUUACUUUUGGGGAUACUUUACCAACUAUGGCAACCACUAUUUCUUCAAAUUCAACAAUAAACAGCAGCAAUGGACGACAAUAUCAGCCAGGAUUUGAUAGCAUACCUCAUCUGAUCAGAUAUUAUGUCGGAGGUGCUGAUGACAAUGCCGUACUAUCUUAUGGAGGAAAUGAUGCUAGUAUUAAUUCGUUGUUUCCCCAAUUAUCGCAUACUGAAGUGCGUAUCCGUUAUCCAUGUAACCGACGAUGUCCACUGACAAAUAUCAGUUCCACGAAUGAGACCAAAAACCAGUCCUAUGUUCCAGCUGUGACAGAUCACAAACAAAUACGACAGCAUAUACCUGCUUCAUUAGCUGAUUCAAACAAGAUUCCUACAAGUAAUUCUACUUUUUCUCCAGCAGAAACUCUUUUGUCACUUCAGAAUGUGUUUCACCAGUGGGAUGCUUCAUCAUCAACACAAAAUACUUCACACUGGAGGCAACUAUCAUCGUCGUUUCGAUCGUCAAGUCGAAGAACUCCUUCUGCGACAGUAACUUCGGCAACAGUAACUUCGGCAGAAGCCUGCAACCCUAUUGAAAAUACAGAAUCAGCUUCUACAAAUCUAUCACCGAACUCAACUCUGCCACGUUCAUUAACAUCAUCUCCCGGCCCAUCUAAAAUAGCCACACAUACAUUAUCCUCAGUAUCUUCAUUAUCAGCACAAUCCAUGUUAUCCACAACUCUUCCACACUCAUUUAAAACUCCUCAUCCGCCGGCCUCUAAAUCUUCAUCAACCUCAGGCAUAUCGAACACUACCUUGCGUUCUACAACAUCAUCUUCUUUUAGCAAUUCAUCAAGUGUAGUACCUCAAGUACCCGAUUCUGAUUUAAUAAUAUCAACAUCCUCGGGUUCAUUGAGUCUUGCACAACGCUCUUCAAUUACAGUUUCUUUAAAUAAUCAACCACCAAUAAAUAAAGAACCAUCACCAUUAAGAAAGUUUAGAAUUCCAGAUAAAUCGUUGACAUUAAAUGAUACUCCGGAUCUAUUUGAACAAUCAACGAGUAGUAUGUGUUGUUCUAACGUGGGUAAAAGUGAAGAAUCACGUAUAGAUAUAGAUGCUGAGAUAGCGGCUGCCUUGUCUGCUGUUGGAGAUGACUGUGGAACUGCUCUUGACGAUAUGCUUGAUGAUCCCUAUCCAGUUACCGUUCGAUCAUCGUUUGCUCAUGUGAAUACUGGUAGUGACUAUCAAGGUAGGCUUGGAAGCCAUCAGAUUGGAUCCGAAAGUCAUCGAAGUAGGCCUAGAGACCAUCAAAGUAGAAUUGAUAGUUAUAAUGCUAUGGUUGAAAGAGACUACUCCUUAUGCGCUGGUCGUUCGGUAAUUCGUAGUACAAGAUAUCUUACAAACAACAACUAUGAAAGCGAUCGUCAUCAACUGGAGCGACCAACAUUAUUACCUUUUCCGCAAAAUCUUUCUUCGCUCCUCGAUUCUCCGUUAUUAUAUUCUCCUCCUCCCGUAUUAUCAUUGGACUCCGAAAUGGACCAUAAACCAAAUCAUGAACAAUUAAAAUUCCAAAAUAAAGAUGAUAAGAAUUCACGACCUUAUAAACAUCAUCCAAUUGGUGCAGCUGGUAGAGAACUGAAGUUUGAUAAUACUAUGGACAUUGAAAGAUUUUAUGAGGAAAUCGGUGAAUCUAUGCAGCGUCGUAAAAAUAGUAUCAAGAACAAUCGCGAGAUGGAAAGACAGACAUUAAAAGAAUGGGCUGACAUGGAAAUAGAACGAUUAAUAUGUGAAGGAAGAAUGAACCCGGACGAAGAUUCAGAUACGGAGGAAGUAACACAUGAACCAACUGAUGAUGAAGAUUUCGAGAUGUGGCGAAGCCGGUGGAGUAGCUCAAUACGAAGUAAAUUUGAUGGAACGCCGGAAGAACGACGUAGUGAACGCCUAAAUCGACGAAGGGAACGGUUUAUCGAAGCUCGAAUAAGUGAACUACGGCAGCGAAGUUUAUUUAUACAAAAUCGAGUAUCAGCCGUAAAUCACUUGACUAACAAAAACCUAUCAGAAAUUGGAUUAUCGGAGGGAUUCUCUACAAUGAAUAAUUAUCCAGGAUCAAUUGGUUUAAAUGUUCAGAAUAGAACUACUACUGAGACACGUGCCUCUGGGAGCUCUAUUCAGUCAUCAAAGAUUGACGGAAUAGUUAAAAAAAUGGUCAAUCGUUGGGUUGGUGCCGGGAACUCUAUCAGUAAUAUUCCAUCUGCUACAGUGACACGUGAAUCAAAUAAUGACAUUAGCAUAAUCCAACAAAAUAUGGCAACGCGACGGCCAAGUAGUAAGAAAUCAAGUACCCAGACAUCGGGGGAACAUCAAUCAUCAUUGGAGAACAAUAGUCUAUCAACGGAAAAAUAUCCCCAUUGUACUCAAGUGAAUCAGACAACGAUUGUCGGUCAAGGUGACACUGUUAACGUGAUAAAUGCCAACAAACCUAGUACCUCAGCUACAUACACACAACAUACUAGUAUCGCUACUGAUACAAUCGUCUCAGAAAUGGAGAACAGUUCUAGUAGAUCGGACACUGUUGUUUACAAACAGGUUGGUGAUUAUGAAAACAUCGGUUCAUUAAAUGACAAUCGUCGGAAGAAAAACAAUGACAUGAAUAAUGAACAGUGCAUCGAUUCGAUUGAAAAAGACAGUAUAUUUUUAGACGACAUGAAAUAUUGUAGCAGCUUAGAAAGCAGUAACAAUAGCAACGGCAGUCAGGACUUCAGUGCAGCGGAAGGUGUUGACUAUGCGAAUAUCGUCUCUCGCGUCACUGAUAAUAACGAAGAAAUUGACUACCAAAAUGUCGAUAAAGACCACAAAAAGCUAUUCAACCAAGAAAAACGACAAAAAUUAUUAUGUAAUGAUAAUGAAGACGGUGCACCAGUAGCGACUGCUCUGCGAGCUGUACAUCUCGCGAUAAUUGGAGAUCCCAAAGAUGAAGGCACAACAUCAUCAGUAGCGGGUACUGGUCGGUUGGCGGCAGCAUUGUGUAAUGCUGAUGGUCGAUCCACUGUACUACCGUAUCGGAAUUGCACGGAAAGCGAAAAAGAAGAAAAUUCUAUGGGUUCGUGCCCACUACAACUUUUGGGUCAACCAGGACCAGAAGGACGCCGUGCCCGUUUGGACGUGAUUGAAAGGUUUGCGUGUCUGCAGUACCUAGUCGCAAUGACGGUGAUUGUGACGCCCUGUCUAUUACUGAUUGGUAAUAAUACCAAAAAUCCGAAGGAUGAACACUUAGAGUGGAGCUUGGAAGAUGAAUACGAAUACCGACGUCGGAAAUUUUAUUACCGGUGUGCUGGUAUUGGCAACUGGUAUUUUUCCGAUGCCGACUCUGAUGACGAUGACGAUGAUUAUCAACUAACAGCUAAUUCUGACUUUGACUCUGGUUAUAUAUUACCACCAAAAGAAGAAUGGGCAAUCGAAAAGCGUCAUUGGUUGGAUUUACUUAAUCAACACAGGGCCACCGCUUUGGACAAGUGGAUUCGGACGGCGGCGGAUACCAAACAAGCGGUAGGAGACGUGUAUGGUUAUCGGGCUCUAAUGUCGGCGCUGUGCUCUGAUAGAAUACAAGAUUUACGGGAGGCAUGGACUACACUUCGUCGUCUGCACACCGCUACGGCAGUGGCAUUUGAGUCCCGACUUCGGCCCGAAUUUCUCGGCCGUCGAGAUAAGCAUACACCAGUCGGUGGUGUUGAAGCAGUACAUGAUUUUAAUGAAGAUAAUGAUGUUGAUCUGUUACUGCAAUUGCCACCAAACGCUACAGUGCCCGAUGCAACCGCUUUAGCUGUGCUUUACGAACACUUAUAUAAUGAUGCUGAUUAUGAUGCGACUUUCAGUAUCACCAAUGCAAACGAUAAAAACACCAAAGAAGAUAAAAACCCAAGACCGUCAUCUUUGUUUACUUCACCUCUGUUAUUAUCACCGUCACCGUGGUCAUCUCCAAAUAGUGGUAUAAGUAGCGGACUCGGAGCAUCAUUAACCGCCGACUAUGGGCUGCAAGCACUUCAUAUAUUGUGUAUCCAGUACUCUGAGUGGGUGCAACAAAGCUAUACAAAAAAAAAUGUUAUGGUAUCGUGCACGAAACCAUCACCGAUGUUACAACUUGACCGUUUUCGCAACAACUUCCAAACACUUUUACGCCAAUAUGGUGAUAGCGCCUACGAUGAUAACAACCAAGAUGAUUAUGUUGAUAAAUACGUCUAUGGUUAUGAUCAAUUUAAAGAAAAUAUUGUAUCUUGCAAAAAUAAACCUAGUUACAAUCGAAAUGACAGUUUUGAGUAUGAACGACACUACGAGGACAAAGUGGAAGAGUACGGUGCUAGUGGUGAAGAUUACGAUGAUUGUGGUGAUGACGAUGAUGAUGAUGAUGCUACAGUUAUCUGCUGCGGCAACAGCAGCUUAUUGGCAAUUAAUGCGGUUAACGUUCCAACCAAUAUUACAUCUGACACCACUAAAAUACCAAUGACAGAAAAAAAAUCACGUCAAAAAACAGCAACAGACAACGAUCGUGAAUGCUCCCGCAGAGUAGAUCGAAGUGAAUGCCACUGGAUCAAAACUUCUGGUGCAUAUGGCCCGGCACCGCUCAAUAUUGUGUUUCGCACCGAACUGCACGUUCGUCUAUUUUGGCCACCGACUCUUCUGAUUGAUUAUAAAGCUGACAGUGACGAUGAUAAUGACGAUUCAGUCGAUCAUCAGUUUGCUGUACCUGCCUAUGCGUUGGGUACGACCUAUUUGGCGUUAGCGAAAACCACCCGCUGCGGUACAGGUAAAGAACGUGGCCACCAAAAAAGCACACAAUCGUCAAACAUGCUGGAUAGAGUGAUUACUGAACAGCUGAAUCAAGCGGCUUAUGACAUGCGAUUAAGAUACAAAGCGAUGGACAAGUUUUUGGAUGGGGCGUGCGCCUAUUCAAAGAUAGCUGCCAAGUUAAUAAAUUCUGACUUAACGGCAACCGGAAAUCAACAACAGAGAAGUUUGCUUCCAAAAUGAGCUAAAAAAAGUUGUAGGGAAAGGAGGACCACUUUAACCAACUAGGUAAAAUACAACGCAACUUUUAUGAGAGAAUGUUUUCCCAAAUAAACGAGGUAUUAAAAUUAGUAAUAAUUAAAUUCUAGGCACCGAAAAGGUAAAAUUGUUCUCCUCUUAAUUUCAUGCUUGUAAAUAUAAAUUUAGAACUGUAUUUUAUUUUAUAUUAGAAUAGUACUGAUUAUCGCUUAAUUCAAAUCACCCAAACACACACACACACACACACACAUCUAAAAAUAAUUUAGUCUAUAAAAAAAAGGUAUAGAAUUUAAAUACCAAACCAGAGAUAAAUACUGAAGACUUUUAGUAUUUUUGUUAAGAAUAUUGAUUUGUUUUUUUUUCAAAUCAUAGAAAUUUUUAGAAAAUAAAUUAUGAACCCAUUCUUAACGUAUUAUUGCUGAAAAUUACUAUCGCUGAUAUGCACACCUGACUUGCCAUUUGUUUUUGAUAGGAUAAAAUAACUUGUAAAUAUUCACGCUCUAAUAUCUAGACUUAGCCCUGUGACCGGGGGUGGAUAGAAUACCGAUCACGGUGCUGAGUGCGACCGGUCGUAAAAGGCGACCAACAUGCGCUCAUGCACGCGUCAUACAACAACAUGAUUUUAAUGGCGACUACUAGUCGUUAUUAAAUAUAGCCACCAGAACGCGUGCAGUUGGUGGUAUUUUUUUAUUUUUUUUUUUUUUUUUUUCAUUAUUUUACGUUUCUUAAUUGAAAUGGUUGUGAAAACACCAGUUCUGAACAUUUUAUUUUUCAUUUAUUUUAAUAAACAACACAUUUUCAUAGCAAUUUACAUAAAACUGUUCGCUAAAAUAUCACAUAGUUACCGAUUUAUUUUGAAUUCAUUAUCACAUUAUAGUAAUUUUCUGAAAGUAUCGAACUGAUGAUAAUGUAACUGAGGGCUAGGAAAGCGCAAAAUUCAUUCACUUCAUUCAACUGUCUAUGAACAAAUGUUAGUAGUUUAGUAAUGAGAGCUAAGAAAUUUACUAUGAACAAAUAAAAUAAUGUUUCAAUUUUUUUCUUAGACAUAAUGUGUUGUAUUAAAUAAUUUAAAUUCAUCACUUUUUUAUUGAUUUUAUUGAUGUUACUUUUGGGCACACUUACUAUGUACAAAUAUUUAACCAUAAAAACUUAUUUCGCUUAAGCUAAUAGUUUAGGUAUAGUAUAAAUAUUUAUAUUUUUAAAUAUGUGUGUGGAGUAAUAUUAUAGUAAAACAAUAUAGUUUAAGGUAUUCGUAUGUUAUUGUUAUUAUAUAAUAGGAAAUCUCAGCUAUCUGUUAUAGAG